AUGGCUGUCUACUGUUAUAAUAAAGUCUUAGUUAUUGCCCGAACAAGAUUCCCUAGCCAUUUUGUACAUCCCACCUGCUCUUCUUAUUUCCCAUCACUUGCAUUUCUUCACUUGCCAGAUUCCCAUUUAAAUAAAACAUUUGUGAAGAACUAUGGAAGCAGGAAGUACUCCUAUCCUAGUCAGUCAGACAAUAAAGGACAUCACUUACGAACUAGGAUAACACAAAAGUUACACACAUCAACUUGCUGGCCACAAAAGGUCCCUGAUGGACCUCAGCUGGAGCAAACCCCCCCAAAACCACAGGAGACAAGCUCUCAGCCCACAAAAGAAACUGGUAUGGAGACGAAGGAAGAAAAGCAAUCUUAUAGACAAAUAAUUAUGGGUGAACUUAAACAUUAUUACAAUGGAUUCUAUUUUCUUUGGCUUGACACCAAAGUUGCUGUCAAAAUGCUUUGGAAGCUGUUGCGUGGACAUGCGCUGACUAGACGAGACAGACGAAAGCUAUUGAGGACUUGUGUUGAUUUCUUCCGCUUGGUUCCAUUUAUGGUGUUCAUAAUUGUACCCUUCAUGGAAUUCUUAAUACCAGUGUUUCUGAAAUUCUUCCCAGAGAUGUUGCCAUCAACUUUUGAAAGUGAAUCCAAAAAGGAAGAAAAACAGAGAAAGAAAAUGGCUGCAAAGUUGCAACUAGCAAGAUUUCUUCAAGAAACAAUUUCAGAAAUGCCAAAGAGGAACAGGAGCAAGCUGGGAGAGGCAUCUAUGCAGCAGUUCUCAUCCUAUGUCAAAAAGGUCCAAAUAGGCCACAGGCCCAGCACAAAGGAGAUAGUUAGCUUUUCCAAACUAUUUGAAGAUGAGCUAACCCUGAAGGACUUAAAUCGAUCACAGCUGAUUGCCCUUUGCAAACUGCUAGAAGUGCAGUAUUUUGGAACCAACAAUUUGCUCCGCUUUCAGCUUCUGAUGAAACUGAAGUCUAUAAAGGCAGAUGAUGAAGCAAUUGCCAAUGAAGGGGUGAGUGCUUUGAGUGUGCCAGAACUACAAGCUGCCUGUAGGGCCCGAGGGAUGAGAUCACUGGGUCUCACUGAGGAACAACUGACCCAACAGCUCACAGAGUGGCAGGACCUCCACCUGAAGGAGAACGUCCCCCCUUCUCUUUUGCUCAUGUCAAGAACCUUCUAUCUGAUAGAUGUGAAGCCAAAGCCAAUUGAGAUCCCACCAAGUGGAGAGGCUCCGAAGACAGAUAGUCCUGUGGAAUCACCUACUUCACCUGAAUCUAAAGAGAACUUGGUGGACUUAGCACCUCAACUGAAGGGAACUAAGGAUGAAAAGUUUAUACAACUGCCACCAAUUACAGCAUCACCCAUACCACCAUCAGCACCUAUUUCAUUACCUAAAGAAUCCGUGACUUCUGCUAAAAAAGCUACGCUCCAGACCAAAUCACAAGACAGCCCAGAGCAGCGCCAAUAG